CAUGGUCAUUUGUUUUGGAAUAUGAAGCGAGGUAUUUUUGUUUUGAAUUGAGUUUUAUUUGCAUAAUUCAAUUAUGACAGAUGGAUCUGGUACUGCCAUUAACAAUGAUUUCUUGAAUAAAAAGUCUUGGGAAGGAUUUAAUAACUGGUUGCACUGCAUAUGUAUAAUUACGUUUGAUUUGGAAUUGGGGCAAGCUCUUGAGAGUGUUUAUCCUAAACACAUACGGCUCACUAAACAAGAGAUCUCCAAUAUAUGUUACUUGGCCUUUCCUGACUCCAAUUCGGGUUGUAUGGGUGAUACUUCGUUUGUUAUAAGAGUACCCAGUCAAGGUACGAAGCAACUCAGAUCUGAACUCGUCCAAUAUAAUGCCAAAUGUUUAUCAUCUUUAAAAGUGGUAGAAACACAUUAUUGGGGAUAUGUAUACUUCAGACAAGUUAAAGACAUUACGAUGCCAAGGGGCUACUUCCAAAAAAGUGUGGUUCUUUUAUCUUAUCUUCCAUUUGUUAAUUUGUUUAGUAAGUUAUGUGGCUAUAUAGCCCCAGAAUAUUUUGAACAUGGCGAUGCUAGCUUAGAGGCCGUUUGUUGUAACAUUGAUGCUUGGCCAUCGCCAGUUCCUGGUUCUACACUUGCGCUCCCAAUUUUAGGUUCAGUUUUUCAAACUUAUAUACCCAAAUCAGGAAACUACACAGCAAAUUCAAAUUUAGUGUCGCAAAGUGAUUCUGUAGGAAAUCAGGUCAUAAUGAAUGUAGAAGAUCUAAACUUGUUUGAAAUCUUACAGCCAGUGUUGCCACAUAUUCACUUAUUGUGGGAGUUGGUGAUAACAUCAGAACCAAUAGUUGUUAUGGCUUCAUCUCCUAUCAAUUGCUCGUCAAUGGUUUUAGCCCUAACAAGGAUGAUUUCACCUCUUCAGUUUUGUGGAGAUUAUAGACCAUAUUUUACAAUACAUGACAGUGAUUUUAAGCAAUACACUAGCAGAAUUCAAGGUCCACCGCCUGUGAUUUUAGGAGUGACAAAUCCGUUUUUUGCCAAAACAUUUCAUCACUGGCCCCAUACUAUUAGACUAAGUGAAAAUUUAAGCUAUUGCCAAAAGUACAAAUUAAAAAGGACAGCGUCAACGAAAAUUGUAGAGGGAGAUUCAGGUAUUUACACAACAUAUAAACCAUUCUUACAUAAAGACAAAAAUAUUAUAAAAAAAUUAAUGAGCGGGGUAAGUUCAAAAAGACCUUGCGAAGUUCAGUCAGCUAUGCUAAAGCGACAUCUAUUGGAGCUUACAGAAAGCUUUAUUAUCCCUUUGGAGAGAUAUUUAGCCAGUUUAAUGCCCUUACAGAAAGACGUCACACCUUUUAAGGCCGCUCCUAAGCCAGACACCUUUAACCCAGAAAAUUUUUUUGCCACAUUAGAAAAUGCUGGACCUCAAUUAACCCUCGGCAACACUGGGAUAAAGGGGGACUGGAUAGGAUUAUACAAGAAAUUCUUCCGUUCGCCAAAUUUCACAGCCUGGUUUCAUACUAGAUAUACUGAAUUAACACUGAAACUGCAAGCACUGCAGUUAGAAGCACUUGCUACUGCAGAUUUAAAAAGUUGGGUACAAGACCGUGAUGAAGUGGAAAUUAUGGAUAUGGUGUUGAAAAUAAAAGCAAAUAUAGGAAAAUGUGACGAAACGAAGAUUCCUAUUGGUAACACUGUUAAACCACAAUUAUCUCAAAGACUGGAUGAUAUUGUUGCUUCAUUACCCGACGAUCUAAAAAAUAUAUUAGAAAUUUCAUGAUAUUGGGUUACUAGAGCCGGGCCUCUAAUUCCAUUUUCCAUGUUUUUCUAGAUAUUUCAAGACAAAUAUUUGUUAUGUACUAAUGUUUUUGAAACCGGAAGUGUAGCAACGCAGAAUAAAUAAUAAAAUGACAACAUAUCAAUCUCGUUUUGGGUAUGUUUGAGCAAUUUCAGAUCAGAAAGCAAUAAAUUUUACUCUUCUAGUUUGGUACAUUUGAACUACUUUGAUGUAUAAUGAUACCUGCGUCAAAUAUAUCCGAUUUCAAAAUAUCUUUGAAAUUAGUUAAAUCAAAUUUCAUAGAAAACAAAAUGAUACUCAAUAUUGUUAAAGCAUUUAUAUUUUUAGGAUACAACAACGUAACUGAAAAUAUUGUUUUUCUACCGCAGGAAAAAUUGAACAUUGAA